CAAGAUCAAGCCGUCCUCCGCCACUCGGAGUCUGUCAUGUCACACAUUCAGUACCUGGACGAUCUGGUGAAGGAAUAUCUGCUCUUCCGCGGCUUCACACACACUCUGAGAACACUCGACAAUGAAAUCAAGAUCGACAAGGACAAGGGCUUCAGGGUGGACCGAUUGGUGGACCAGAUUGUCAGCAGCAUCCAGACCUAUGACCUCCUGGGCCUGCGGGAACUGUGGGCACACCUCGACAGAAGGAUAUUUGCUCGCCUGCCCCACACACUGCUCCCCUGUGUGCGGAAACUUGAGACCAGCAUCCUACGCCUGUACGUUGUCAAUACCAUCCAGACCAACAAGAGUGAGAAGCUGACGGAGUUCUUUGAGAAGAUGGCAGCAGACCUGCAGAGUCAGACAGAGUGGCGGGAGUGGUUCAUUUUGCCGUACCUGAAGGGUGUGGAGGAGAACCCAUCCUUCGCCAUGUACUUCACACGACAGUGGCAGGACACUCUUCUGGUCUCCCUGCACAACUUCUUUGCCGUCAUAUUCCAGAGCCUGGAGCUGCCCACCCUGGCCAGCUACCAAGAGGAGGCCUCCAAGAUUGCACGCCUGCAGGAGGAGAAUGAGCAGCUACGUGUCCGCCUGUCGGCCCUCACCACCAGCGACCAGAACAGCAUGGAGCUCCUGAAUGCCCCUGAACCUCCCCCACCCCCUCACCUCAUGGAUGACUUCUACAACAUUGCCCAAGAAGCACCAUCAACUGACAAUCAAGGGAAGUUCAUCAAGAAUAUUUUGUUUGGGUUCGGCGCUGGUCUGCCCACCUCCCCAAUCCUGGGCCGGCGAGGAACCACAGCCACCACCACCACCCCAGCAUCCACAGCCCCCCAACAGGCUAGCCCAUCCACCAGCCAGGCCCCGGCAGGCACUCAGGUGUCAGGCCACUCAGCACUGAGGAGAACCUUCACACAAGUUCCAUCCGAGGAAAAGAAGAGAACCAGGUCAUCAAGUGUUGCCGGUACUCCUUCCAAUCGCAACAGUGUACCGGAGCAUGUCCCCGUCAAGAGGCUGGUCCAGGCCACUACUGCAGCAGCGGGGCGUCCCUCUCGCUCCCCCACCAAGGCCCGACCGCAGGAGGAGACACCAGUGUCCUCCAAGCUGGAUGUGACGAGUGACAAGUCAUCCUUCUUGCUGCUGGGACAGGAGGAAUACAACGAGCACCGGGCAGUGGUGACGCAUGCAGUGUUCAACCCCUCGGGCACCCUGGUGGCCUCUGCAGACAUUGAUGGUGUGGUGAAGCUGUGGUCGCCCUCUCCCUCCCCAAGGACACACUGUGGGGUGGUGGUGAAGAGCUCAGUCACAGCAGUGGAGUGGCUGCCAAGGGGAGAGCGGCUCCUCCUAGUGGCCACCAAGACAGCCACCCUGCGUCUCUUUGACACCCGAGACAAGAAGACUGUAUGGGAGCUUGGUCCGGACAGUAGCCCUGUUCUCAAGGACCAGAGGAUAAUGGGGGUGAAGAUGAGUCCCAGUGAAACGAGUGCUGUGGUGAGCGUGGUGCCUCGAGUCCGGCCACAAGGCACCUCCUCCUCCCUGGCACCCCCGGCUCUCCACACCCUGGACAUGAAGAGCCAAAAGAUUGAUAGUUCGUACAAGCUGGAGGGCGGCGUGGUGAACAGCUGCAUCAUGAACCACAAUGGUGGGCUGCUGGUGUGCGGCUGCAACGACGGCUCAGUGCGCAUCAUUGACCUGCGGCGGCCUGACGUGGUGGCCUCCUGGCCCGCCCACCAGGGGGAGGUGUUCACCGUGCGUCUCUCACCGCAGGAGAACAACAUCUACACUAUUGGCAGUGACAACCGAUUUGCCUGCUGGAGUAUGGCCCAAACUGGAGCACACGUCAUGGAUCAGGUGCUGCAUGAGCGAGCUGCCGGACCCUUCCUGGUGGGAGUAGGCGGGGCCUCGGGAGGGUCUGGGGGUCGCAGUGUUCUCCUCCGGCCAUAUGGACCACUCUUUGCCCUGCACCAGGAUGGCGAGCACCUGCUGACCUGCUCCCCUACAGGGCCCAUCAUCUAUAAGGUUGGAGACUCAGGGCUGGAGCAGGUGAUGGCAAUGGGCAGCAGCAAGACUCCAGUGAUGACCGUGGACUGGAGUCACACCCUGCAGUGUGGCACCUCUGUGGCUGCCGCCCUGGACGGCUCCGUCUCGGUGGCCACACUCAUGCACCAAUAACACGUAGACAUGAGGUUUGUCAGUAUGUUUGUCCUGAUUACCAAAGAGGUGAGCUUUUUUUCUUUCUUAAGACUUCAGGCAAAGUUUUGGUUAAACACAUUCAACUCUUUGUGUUGAAUCUCUUGAUUUCAUGAUUGUGAGGCCUUACUAUAUCAUGAUUGCAUUGUUUGACACUAAUUAAUGACCAAACUUAUGACAAUUAAUAAUACUUUAGCAUCUGUUAUGUAAUACUCACUACCACCACAAGAAUUAAGUUUCAUUAUUAUAAAUAACUUAUGCAUUCCAUGAAUAUUAGAUUUUAAGGUAGCUAAGUCACACUACUUGAAGAUUAUUGAAUAUUGAAAAUGAUUCUUUAUGAAUUAUUGUGAUUUUUAUAACUGUAGUUUGGACAAAGAGAAUGUUACCAUUUGUGGUGUCCACACUGUGGUAUUGAAAUUACCUGCUCAGGAAUAGCUCUUAAAACAGUGAAGACUUUCUUAAUUCCAGUGUAGGAAUGAAUAAAAACUGAAUGACACAUUCAUCAAGUAGUCUAGUGUUCUGAUGCAAGAUGUGCAGUAUGUGACCAAUUACACACAUUUACUGUGACGUGAAUCUUUUGGUGAUGAGAGAUGUGAUAUUUGAUCACUCCUGUGUGUUGGGGGUGUGGGGGACUAGUGAGGCUUUUUGCCACAGCACUGAAUGACAGAGCUCUUCAAUGCAUAGCUUUAGUUAAUAUUAAUAAAACAGCUGUGUUCCGUCUUACACUGCACUUGUCACGAAGCUUGCUCAGACGUGCAUUGGUGGUGUUGCCGCUGCUUUGGCACAGCUUCUCAGUGAAGGACAGGAAGUCAAGAUGCAUUCUGUGCUCUGUGGCUCAGUGUUGUGUAAGAUGCCCGGUGGUGAACCAUUCUGUUGACUCCCUUUCUUUGUAUCUUGAUUUAUCACUCCUGACUGGCCCUUCAACAUGCAUUUCUCCCUUUUUCAAGUAUUUUGAGAUUGUGAUAUGUUAAGUUACAUACCAUUGUAAGUUCAGCAGUAUAACUUAAUUUAUAACUAGUUAGUAGUUAUGCAUGAGUUGUAGAAUGCAAAAAAAAAAAAAAAACUAUUUUGUCCAUUUUUAAUGAAGGAUGUAAAAAGUUAGUAUGUAACAUAAAAUGCAAGGACUAUAUGCAUUCUGUUGUGGUUGUACUGAUACUCAUGUAGGGAACUGCAGGAGCCUGGUCUGUUGUCACCAUUCUGCACACCACCCCUCUUCCUGCAUACCAAGCCGUUAGCCGCACUAUAGGAAUUAGCUAAGACAAGAUGCGUGCUCUCUCUCUCUCUCUCUCUCUCUCUCUCUCUCUCUCUCUCUCUCUCUCUCUCUCUCUCUCUCUCUCUCUCUCGGGGGAAGAUGACAGGAAUAAUGUUAGUAAUUUUAGGUGCAGAGAAAAUCACAACAUAUUUUCAAAGUUUUCAUUACGAACAUGCAUACAAGUUACCUAACUGUACUCUUUUUGACCUAUUAUUUGUUGGGUAAGGUAACUUGUAAAUACCUUUCACUAACUUGCAGUUUGAUAUUUAGAAUUGUUGCUACAGUGAUGGUCUAGCUUGUGACUAUCAAAUUGAAUUACAUUUACCAAAGAAAAAAUUAACAGGAUCUUUAUCAUAAGUAAACAAUUUCAACCCAUACUUCAAGACAAAUGGUCCACAUGUCACAUUAACAAUAGAAACAAAGAAAAUAUUAAAAAAUCCAGAAUAUUGAGAAAUCACUUUGAUAGACAAGAUUUUCUUAAACUUCCUUUGAGUGACAUGCGCCGGCAACACCUCCCCACGCGUAAUGUAAUGAUAGAAAAGCUAAAACAUCUUCGUAGAAAACACAGGGCACUUGACUUCCUGCAGUAUAUCACUUCUUUCAGUUGCAUCAUAGUUGUCUUCCUGUGAAUACAUUACACCUCCUCAUCCUCACUCAGACUUCAAGCGGGACACAAAGCUUCAUGUCGCCAACAGAAGGGAAUAAAUUACUGUACAUCCUUCAGUACUCAUAAAUAUUGGGAUAGGACUAUAUAUUCACAGAGACUCAAAACACAGACUAACCUUCCUCCUUGUGAGUAUCAUACCACCAUAGCAUUAUGUACUACAGUAACACAAAUCCUGAUGUCACAGAAAUCCAACAUUAAACUUUGUUCCUAAAGAUUAUAUAUAUAUAUAUAUAUAUAUAUAUAUAUAUAUAUAUAUAUAUAUAUAUAUAUAUAUAUAUAUAUAUAUAUAUAUAUAUAUAUAUAUAUAUAUAUAUAUAUAUAUAUAUAUAUAUAUAUAUAUAUAUAUAUAUAUAUAUAUAUAUAUAUAUAUAUAUAUAUAUAUAUAUAUAUAUAUAUUAGUUUACAUGGAAUUCCACUUGACUUGUUGCUGUGAGUGGGCAAGCAGCAGGCACGGAUUGGCAAGUCAUGUACACCAUUGUGCCGCUAAGGAUUAAUACAAAGUUUUCUCUUUUGUCAGUGUUCUGAGAGCAUGUUUGAGCUUUUUUGUGAAGAUGGAUUAAAACUUAAGAGUUAUGCAUACAUAAUCAUAAUUCAGCGUCAGUUUGGUAAGGAAUCUUUCACGUUUUGUGUAUAAAGGAAACCUACAAAACUUGACUUCUAUGAUAUAAUACUGAAUAAAAUAAUUGGUAAACCAGAAAGUCAGAGAAUGUUAGUGAAGUUAUUAUAUGCAUAUAAAAUAUAUCAAAAUAUUCAAACUA